AAUCAUAGUGGAGUGAACAAUGAGGAUAAAAUGAUAGUGGAUUUAAAUGAAUGCUUAGUGUUAGAUGUUACAGUGUUCAUCCGCUUUGAAGCAGUAGCAUUUCCUAACAGGUACUAGUUAGAGAUGUUAAAAAGAGGUUAGCAAAAUUGAUUGUCUCUAUGUAUAACCUCCCACCCCGUUUUUUGGUGCUGAGAACUGAUCUUAGUGCCUCAGAUAUGCUAGGAAGUGCUACUGCUAAGCCUACAUUCCCAGCUUUGACUUUCAUUUAAAAUUUUUAUUUAAACAUAUAAGCAAGGUGUGAGGUUUGUGUGUGUGUGACUACCUGAAAAUGUAAAACACUCAGUUUCUUAAUCAUUUAUUUGUUGGCCACUACUUCUCUGGAAUCUACUUUCUGCUGGGCUUGUCUGCUGGAAUAAACUAUAUAUCAGUUAUUCUAUCUAAUUAUCUAGAGUAGGCAUCGUUUCCCCAAAAAAUUCUCUAGUCAGAUAUAUUCAGGAGACACAAUAGGUUAAACAGAGCCUUAGAAGUUUCUUUAUAGGGAGUCUGUCCAGGCCUUUAAUAUGCAAACACACAUCAUGAAUCCCUAGUACAAGUGUUUAACUUAAAGCAUAGGAUUAAAUAGCUGGUUAUGAUAAUAUGAUUAGUUAAGUGAUGGAGUCAGUGUUAAAAUCUAAGUGGUCUGGCUCCAAGCCUUUUCAGUGGAGAUGAGCAUUCGGAGAUUUUAGUGAAUUGUACUGUAUUUAUUUGUAAAGCUAAGAAUGUACGCUUGAAUUUUUUUUCUCUCUCUAGUGGUAGACAUGGUUAAAAAGUAUAUGGUGGAGCUGAAAAGGUGGCUCAAAAAUUAAGAGUACUUACUGUUCUUGCAGAGGACCCAAGUUUAGUUCACAGUUGCCUGUAACUGAAGGCCCAGAACUGACACCUUUGGUACACAACACACUCACACAGGCAUAGACACCUACACAUAAUUUUUUAAAAUUGUUUUUAAGUAUUUUCACUAGGGGCUAACAAGAUGGUCAGCAUGUAAAAGUACUUGCCACCAAGGCUGACAACCAAGUUCAGUUCCAGGACUCACAAAGUGGAAGGAGAGAACCAACUCUCACAGGAAAGGACUAACAACACACGCUCUUAACCACCAUCCCCUUCCAGAGCAGCUGGAUGACAUUUCCUCUACCAACGACAGCCAGGAGAAAGAUGCAAGUUCUCAAAGUGAAUCUGACAUCACCCAAGAAUCACCUAUUACAUCAACUGACACUGGGAAUUCGCGUUCUGCUUUUCCAAGCUAUGCAGGCACAGGGAUCUCAACAGAAGGCAGCUCCGACUUUUCUUGGGGAUAUGGAGCUUGACCAAAAUGCCACCGAGAAAGUACAGGCCAUGUUCACAGCCAUCGAUGAACUCCUGUAUGAGCAGAAGCUGAGCGCGCACACACAGCGCUUGCAGAGAGAGUGCCAGCAGUGGGCAGCCAGCUUUCCUCACCUCAGGAUUCUGGGUAGGCAGAUAAUCACUCCGAGUGAAGGCUAUGGAUUGUACCCUAGAUCCCCUUCUGCUGUGUCAGCUUCACAUGAAGCAAUCUUGUCUCAAGAAAGAGAGUCUACCAUAUUUGGUAUAAGGGGAAAGAAGUUACAUUUUUCAUCAUCUUAUAAAGCACCUCCCACCAUCAAAGCCUCUGGCUUGUCUGCUGAUGGAGGAGAGGAGGCAGACUGUAUAAUCUUUUCUGAAGGAAUAAUCGAGGAGUACCUAGCUUUUGACCACACGGAUAUGGAAGAGGGAUUUCAUGGAAACAAAUCAGAAGCAGCUACAGAGAAACAGAAAUUAGGGUACCCUCCCAUUGCGCCAUUUUACUGCAUGAAAGAGGAUGUUCUUGCUUAUGUGUUUGACAACGUGUGGAGCAAGGUUGUGGGCUGUAUGGAGCAGUUGACACGUAGUCACUGGGAGGGAUUUGCUUCUGAUGAUGAGAGUAACGUUGAAAUUACCAGACUGGAUUCGGGAAGUCCCUAUGUGCUGAACGAACAGCAUCCUUUGGUCUUACCUCGAGUGCCGCAGUCUAAAGUGUUGUCAGUCACCUCAAAUCCGAUGAAUUUCUGUCAAGCAAGUGGUCAUCAGCCAAAUGUGAAUGGCCUCUUGAUUCAUGGGAUGCCUCUACAGCCAAGGAAUCUCUCCCUGAUGGAUAAGCUCCUAGAUCUUGAUGACAAGCUACUUAUGAGGCCUGGGUCCAGUUCCGUCCUUUCAAACCGAAAUUGGCCAAACCGAGCCAUGGAGCUUAGUGCAUCAUCUUUGUCAUAUACAACGCAGUCUGCCAGGAGGCGCAAUCCCCCACCACGUACCCUUCAUCCCAUCAGCACGAGCCACUCACGCGCUGGAACACCAUGGCCUGCAGAAGAAAUCCUCAGAGGACCCCGGGUUCCAGGGACAGCAGACUCACUCUCUUCUCCCUCACCAAUGACUUUGGGUCGGAACAAUCUGCUGCCACCUAUUGGAACAGCUGAAGUAGAACACCUGAGCGCCAUGGGGCCACAGAGGCCAACAAAAUCCCAUGGUGACUCCAGCAGAGCCCGAAGUGCAGUGGUGGACGAGCCUAACCAGCAGCCCCAAGAGAGGCUCCUUUUACCUGUCUUCUCUAGACCCAACACAACUCAAUCAUUUUUGCCAGACACACAGUACCGAAGUUCAUGUGCAUCUGAGUACCCUCAUCAGCCCCGACCUGGCAGGGGGUCUGCAGGUCCUCAGUCACAUGGGUCUACAAAACCUCAGAGCAGAGGUGGACCCAUCUCUAGAACCAGGCAGUGACCAUAGGGCAAGUGAGAACCUGCAAGGUUGCAGCAGACUUGGGAACACGUGGAGGCUUUCAUGCAUCAGCAUUCAGGCACCAGAUGAUGCAGAGCUCCUAUAAACAGCAGCUUGGUCCAUCAAGAGUUAUCUUGUUACAAGUGUCCAAGAAAUACUACAGAGUAUCUGCCAAAGACUGCAUGGGUAACUGUUCUGUAUGCAGUUACUGUCUUCUUUCAGCUUUAGUUAACCUAUUCCAUGGGGCAGAUUGUACCCAAAGACUUGACAAUGAAAAACCACCCCAAAUCACUGCUCAUGUUGUCUGUAAAUAAUCACCAGUUCAAUUCUUGUAUGAUUCAGUGAGAUUACAUACACACAAAUGAUUCAGAUCACUGGGUUCAGAAUAUUUCUGCUUAUAUUAAUUUCUGGAGAACUGCACUCAGUUUUAACAAUUUUAGGAGACAGUAUUGCCAACAAUCUGAUAUAUUCAUCAAAUAAAUGUCACUCCUAAACUUUUAA